ACUACCGAGCAGUAUUCAGAAUGAAGCAACUCUCGCUUUUAGCUCUCGUCCUGGCCCAGCUUCUGGUUGUCAUUAAUUGUGGCGUCUACGACUAUACAGAUACUUGGGUUCUUUCCGACAAGACCAAGAAAUUCCCGGAUAACGCUGUUCUCGGUGGAUUCGAUCCCAAUGGAUACGAUAACUUCGUGGGACGCGUUGUCUACAGUUCCUCAAUUCUGCCCGCCCGAAUUGUGGCCGAGACUGGAAGUGCAUCCUACAACACUGAAAGCCUUGCGAAUACUGCAACUUCCUACGAAUUGUUAGUGGCCAAUGUCACCAUGAGCUAUCACUGGGUGCACAGCUACGAUGGCUACAGGGAGAAGAAUGCAGUCUCAGUGGGAACGAGCAAUACUAACGAUCGUGUCUAUGUUUGCCGCUGCCGAACUGAUGGAGCUCUCUUCAUUGGAACUCUUUACCUUCCUCAAAGAAGCUGCAUCGUUCGCUAUGGAAAUCUUCCCUUGAGGCAAGUGGAAAAGUACGAGGUGUUGGUUCGUAAAAGGAAAGCAGAUGAGAGGUCUCCACUCAUACCAGAUGGAUGGUUUCCACUCGAUGUUUAAUUUAAUUUUUACGAAAAUAUAAGCGAAACUAAUUUAAA